AGUCUCUCCGGAAGCUCCCUCGGUCUCUCCCUAGCCCUCUCACCCUGGUUUUCCUCCCGGCUCUCCGAGGUGCUUGGGGACCCGCCCCUUUCUCCUCUCACUCACUGCCCUUCUCCCUCCAGGGUGGCAUUAAGGAUGAUGGAGGGCUGCCUGGGAGAGGAGUCUGUUCAGAUGUGGGAGCUGAAUCGGAGGCUGGAGGCCUAUUUAUCCCGGGUCAAGUCUCUGGAGGAGCAAAAUGAGAAGCUUCGGCUAGAGAUUGGGAGCCUCCGGGAGCUACCUGGGGAGCCAUCCUGGAGAAGCCAGGCUGAGGAGGAGCUGAGUGCUCUGCGUGCCCUGCUGGACCAGCGCUGGAGCGAGAAGCACGCUGCCGAAGUGGCCCGGGACAAUCUUCUGGAGGAGGUAGAAGGGGUGGCGAACCGGUGCCAGCAGCAGCGUUUAGCCCGGGAGCGGGCUAAGGAGCAGGUGGCGGAGAGCCGCCGGGUGCUGGAUGCCGAGAAGUGGGCGGGGGUGUGUCUGGGGAACCAGGCAGCCGAGCUGGAGAAGGAGCUCGAGGCGUUGGUGGCGUCACACGAGCAGGAGCGGGCGGGAAUGAGCGCCCAGGUGGCCCGCUGCGCCCUGGGCCUGGAGACCUUUCGCAGGGCUCCCGACAAUGCCCCUGCCCCCGACGUGCAGGACCUAGCCCGCACGUUCGAAGAGGCGUGGAGGGGCGCAGUGGAAGGCUACCAGGCCCGCGUUGCCUGCAUGGAAGCCUCCCUGGGACAGGCCCGGGAGAGACUGGGCCAGGCAAUGCAAGGGACCCGAGAAGGACAACGAGAGGUGCAGCGGCUGGACGUAGAGAGGGCAGCUCUCCAGGGCCGUCGAGAGAUGCUGGAGCAGAGGCUGGAAGGACAGUGGCAGGAGCAACAGGAGUCAGGCGAGAAGUUCCAGCUGGCUGUGGAGGCCCUGGAGCAGGAGAAACAGGAUCUCCACAACCAGAUUGCUCAGGUCCUGGAAGAUCGACAACAGCUGAUGCACCUGAAAAUGUCCCUUAGCCUAGAAGUGGCCACGUAUAGGACCCUCCUGGAGGCUGAGAGUUCCCGGCUACAUACAUCCAAUACAGACUCAAAGGCCACUGUCAUCUUCCCUGACCCCAAGGUGGAGGUGUGUACCCCUGUGACACCUGAGAUCCGACGUCCAGGACCCCGGCCUCCUGUCCUGAGCCCCAUGCCCCUUCCCAUGGUGGAUACACCUAGGACCCCAAUGCCUACAUUUCUGAAGAGUCAAGGAUUCAUCCCAACCCAGACACCCACCUUGGCCAGCACCCCCAUCCCACACAUUUCCCAAGCUCACCACUCAGGCACUAGGAGGGAAGUCCAAGCCCAGGUGAUACCCUCCUACCUUCUCCAGGGGCCGUCUUUUGAUGGACCCAAGCCAAAGGAUAGUGAGCACCUGGCUGCUCCAAAGCUCCCAUGGGCCAAAGCCAAGGUAGGCAUUGGAGUGGGCAGUAGCCUGGGGUCUGAAGAACUGGGGGUUGAAAAACAACAGGCCCCCAGCUUUCCCUGUCCAGAUAAGCUAAUGGAACAAGUUGAGGAUGGAAAAAUUGUCUUAGCAACUGACUCUAGUGUUGACCCCAUGAAGGCCAAAGAUGGGGAGGAAGAGAAAGAGGAGCCCAGUGACUUCAGCAGUCCUCAGCCCCCAGCUCCAGAGCCUAGUAAAUACCCAAAGAGGGAGGAAAAGGAAAUCCAGGGGGUGGCAGAGAAGGAAGAAAAAGCUAAAGAGACAAUCACAGAGAAUUUGGAAGAAGAGGCAUGGCAAAAAGAAGGGGCCCUAGACAGGGAGGAGAUCCAGGAGACCCUGAGGCUGCCAGGUGAGAUCCAGGAAACACCUGAGACUUCAGGCGAGAAGUUUCAGGAGACACUUGGUAUUAUGGCUGGAGAGAUCAAGGAGACCCUGAAUCUACCAGGUGAGGAGAUCCGGGAGACCCAGAAGCUGCCAAGUGAGGAAUUCCAGGAGGCCCAUACUCUUCCAGGUGAGGAGAUCCAGGAGACCCAAAAGCUGCCAAGUGAGGAAUUCCAGGAGACCCAUAUUCUUCCAGAUGGGAAGAUCCAGGAGACCCAGAAGCUGCCAAGUGAAGAAUUCCAGGAGACCCAUAUUCUUCCAGGUGGGAAGAUCCAGGAGACCCAGAAGCUGCCAAGUGAAGAAUUCCAGGAGGCCCAUACUCUUCCAGGUGAGGAGAUCCAGGAGACCCAGAAGCUGCCAAGUGAAGAAUUCCAGGAGACCCAUAUUCUUCCAGGUGAGGAGAUCUGGGAGACCCAGAAGCUGCCAAGUGAAGAAUUCCAGGAGGCCCAUAUUCUUCCAGGUGGGAAGAUUCAGGAGACCCAGAAGCUGCCAAGUGAAGAAUUCCAGGAGACCCAUAUUCUUCCAGGUGGGAAGAUCCAGGAGACCCAGAAGCUGCCAAGUGAAGAAUUCCAGGAGGCCCAUAUUCUUCCAAGCGAGGAGAUCCAGGAGAAUCUGCCAUGUGAUGAGAACCAAAAGAUACUGAGUUUUCCAGGAGAGGAGAACCAAGAGAUACUAAAGUCUCUAGAAAAGGAGAUGCGAGAGACACUGAGGUCUCUAGAAGAGGAGAAUGAAAAGAUAUUGAGCUCUCCAAAAGAAGGCAACCUGGAGAGAGAGGAGAACCAGGACUCACUGGGUUCUCCAGGAGAGAACAAACAGGAGACAGUGAGUUCUCUGGAAGAAGGGGUCCUGGAGAGGAAGGAGAGUCGGGAGACUCUAGGCUCUCCAGAAGACAUCCAGGAGAUAGUGAGCACACCAGAAGACCUGGAGAGGGAGGACAACCAGGAAACACUAGAACCUCCAGAAGAAGAAAACCAGGAAAUAUUGAAGCCUCUGAAAGAGGAGAUUCAGGAAAUCCUGUGUUUUUCGGAAGAAGGAAACCAGGAGAGGGAGGAGAUGCAAGAAAUAUUAGGUUUGCCAGAAAAGGAAAUGCAAGAGACAUUAAGAUCUCUAGAUGAGGGUAACUUGGAGAUGGAGGAAGAAAACCAGGAAAUCCCAGAAGAGGUAAAAGGAGAUUUGGAGAGGAAGGAGAACCAGGAAACAUUGCAGUCUCUGGAAGUGGAAAGUCUAGAUUUUCAAAAACCAGAGGGUGUGGCUAGGAUGGGCCAAGAGUACUCCAGUGGGAGAGAUGAAAAAGACCCAUGUGAGAUUGGAGAGGAUCAUGAAGGAACUGAAAAGAUGAAACCAGGAGAACAAAGUGGCCUUGAAGGGAACUGGGAAGUUGUAGAGGAGACAGGAUUGAAGUAUGGUGGCCCUGCUGAAGAGGAGCUGGGGAGCCAGGAAUUUGAAGAGCAGAAAUUCCCAACAAAGGAAACAAUUGAAGAGGGGAUGACCAAGGGCCCCCGGGUGGAUUUCGGGGAGGCAGAGUCACAGGAACUUGGAGCGAUGACAGAGCAUCUGUCAAAGGAGAAUGGCACCUUCAGGGAGAGUGAUGGAAUAGCCCCAGGGGAUAAUGGACCCAUUGUGGGGCUAGAGCCAUCAGAGGGAGAAGAGGUAAGAAAUCAAGAACAGCUGGAAAGGGAGGAAUCAGAAUCAGAGAAGUGGGAAGAGGGACCAUCAGAACCACACUACAAGGAAGUGAUUUUAGAGACUUCAGGGGAGCAGUUGGAGAGACAGACUGGAAAGGAUUUGCAGGAAGCAGAUGAACUGAACCAGCAGUCCAACAAGCUGCUUAUGGGGAAUGGAAGUCAUCUCCAUUUAGAGGCCCCAGACAUAUUGGAAGAAGCAGGGCAGGGGAAGUCUUUAGGAAUGGGGGAGGACCCCAGACCCCCUUUAGACACUUUCUCUGCAGAAACCACAAUUGACAACACUGCUGAUGAUGAGGGUACUACCAUUCAGUCUCAUCUCAUGGGCCAGAGAGGACCCCAAGAAGAAACAAAACAAGAGAUAGGGGCCUCAGAAGAUCUCCAGGGCUCCCAAGUUGAGGAAGAAUCGGAGCAAAUGCCACAGCCCUCCAGUUCACUUCCCAAAGACCCUCUGGCAUCCUCUUCUAGGGCUGAGAGCAACCAAGAGUUAUGGGAAAGCUGGAAAACAGAGGAGGGAACAAGGGUCAGUGAGGAGCUGGUCAGGGAAACUGGGAAGGUUGAUGCCCAAGACACCUCAGCAGUCUUUCCAGAGGAGGUGGAGGAGAGUGAGGAGGAUGAUCUGAGUGAGACUCUCCCAGACUCCACACCCUUGGGCCUUUACUCUAGGGAUCCAGAGUCACCUAGCUGGGGGAUUAUUGGAAAGGAACAUCCCUCUCCUCAAGAGGAGCAUAAUGAUACCCGGGAUGCCCCUCCCAGUCAAGCUGAGGCCAGUAAGGCUCAGCCUGGUGAGGGAGAGGAGGAUGAGGAGGGGGCUCCUGACUCUGAAGUGUCUGAAGAGUUUGAGGAUCUUGCUGCUGAUGCUUCUCUCUUACCCAGGGGCCCUGGGGGACUAGUGGACACUGUGGGGCAUGGGUCAGAAUUGGUGCUGGAUCCUCCUACCUGGGAUCGAGAUGGAGAGUCUGAUGGGUUUGCAGAUGAAGAAGAAAGUGCAGAGGAGGAAGAGGAUGGUGAUGAUGAUGAUGAUGAUGAUGAUGACAAUGAUGGGAGAGGUGAGGGGAUUAGGCACUGGAAGCUGGGUCCAUCUUUGGGAAGUCCAGUGAGCUACCAUCAGGAAGAAGAACCCAAGGAGGAAAGGGACAGAAAUGCUGAUGUCCCCUCAGAUACUAGAGAGAGAGAGGGAGCAGAAAAUCCCUCUUCUGCAGUUCUGGAGGCUGAGAAAGAGAUGGGCCCCUCAGGCAGACCCAAGUCCCUAGAUAGCGAUAUACAAUCUGACUCGGAAGAAGAACAUUCUCACAUAACUGAAGAUAGGGGGCACUCAGACCUGGAGGAGGAGCUGGAGACUCCCCUACCACAAAAUCAAGGCCUUUUAGGAGUGAGUGACCUGACCCCCUUGGAUAAGGAGAACCAAGCCCUAGCUGGUGACCUGAUAGAGGUACCCUACAGAGUGGACAACAGUGUCAGGAAGUCUGGGGCUAGCCUCAAUGGUGGGGGUCCCAGCCUGAACCAACCAGAUGACAUCAGGGGAGAAAUAUUGAAUGGGUUGGGGAAACUUGAGGGAGCAGGCCAGGGGAAGCUGUGGGACCUGGAGAGGGAGGGAGGUGAAGGGAAAGCCCCUGGGGAGGAGCUCUCCUCCCAUACCCAAUGGAGUGGAGGUCCCCUCAUCCUGGAGCAGAGACCAUUCCUGAAGUUCACUCAGAGCAAAGAAGAGGAUGGAGAUUCUUGGUCCUCAGGGGAUGAGUAGAAAUGGAUCUCUUUUUUCUCCUCUAGCUCUGGGAAGGGGACAAGGGACAGAGGAAAUAGUAACCUCCCCACCCCACAUUCCCCUCAAGCUUUGGAGUCUUAGUCUUGACAUGACUCAUGACCGAACUUCAGUGUUUUGACCCCUAGGGUCAGGAGGUGGGUUGGAGAAAAAGGGUUUCCCCAGAAUGGAUGCUCUGGUAAAAGCAAUUCAGUCCCUUCCUCCCUCUCUUGGAAAAGUGGUAUAGGAGUACUUUCUUCCAUCUCCUCUCUGAGAUUUAGACCAGAUCCUGGUCACCGCAGACCUGCCUGGGUCCCUCACUGUGGUCAUCCUCUCACUCCCCCCAAAACUCUCUUUCUCAAAGAGGAGAGAUAAGGGGCAUUCCCUAUUUUGAGUGCAGUGGGAGUGUAAGAGUCAUGGAGGGAAAGUUAUGGGUCAGGGUUCUAACUAUUUUUGAGCUGGUAGUGACAGUUUGUGAGUCUCUGCCUCCAUCCAAUCUGGCAAUGGGGGAAGGUGGUGGAUGUCCCUUCAUUGCUGACCCAAUACAAGAGAGGAGGGACCACCAAGCAUUCUAAUAUGCCCAGCCUGAAUCCUUAGCCCCUCUACCCUCAUGGUAUCUAGCUUGGUUUUGUGAAUAAAGUGAUCACAGCCACCACCACUCCCA